AUGUUGAGAGGAGAACUACUACCAUAUUUUGAGUAUUAAGACAUCAUCAAAAUGAUAUAUCUUUGCAAAUUAGUCAAAGAGACAGUAAAAGAUCAUUUCUAGUCUUGGAAAAAUUUAUCAUAAUUGAUAGCUAGCAGGUACUCAAUAGAUGCAGAUUAGAUAUUAGAAUACGAAUCUCUCUAAGAAUUUAAACACGCUCAAAAAUUGAUAAAAGUUAAAGAGACAAGGUUCACAUAUAGAAGAUUCAAAGAGUAAAAUAGUGAGAUUUUAGUAUAUGCAGGUGAAAUUUGGUCUUGGAAAGAAGAUCUUUAAUAUUGGUCAAUGGAGGAUAGAUAAGAUAGCACCUUCGGACUUCCAGUACCUUAUCUUAAAACAGUAUGUUGGUUUGAUGCAUUCUGCUGUGCAGAAAAGGUAGAACCUGCUGUCUAUAAUGUCUAUCUGAUAAAUGGAGUGAAACUUGACCCUUAAUCAAGACAUGGGUUCGCCGAGUAAGUGAAGCUUUCUAUCAAUAAAGAAAUUAAAGUUGGCGAGGAAAUGAAAGCUGAGGAGAUGUACACUACAAAAUAUAUUCCUAAAGAAAUUUAUCAUAAAUUCCCAACAGAUAAACUGACAAGAACACCAAUCACUAGAAUUGACCUCAGCCAAGAAAAAUAGGAUGUUACUGUAAAAUUAAUAUUCUCCCAACUCAAUGAUUGGUGGAAAGGUGAUUACCUUUUAGAAGGAUUUGUUCUUGAAAAAUUACCUUAAGAAAAAAAACAAUAGAAAAAAUAGACCAAAGGAUUUGCAGAGAGUAUAUUUGGAGUUAUCAAAGACGCUGUUGAUCCAAAUCAUAGUACACCUUCGAAUAUGAUUAACUAAGACAAAAAAGGUUGUAUUCUUAUGUGA